AUGAACCACUUUCCACAGCAACUCGCCAGCCUCUCCACCCCGCCUGUCGGCCAGGAAAGGCGAGAAGACAAAAUCGCUUCGUCCGAGGUGCAGGUCUUCCACAAUCGCACAUUGCCAGAUGCCUCCAUCAUACAAGUCUUAAUAGACCAUUUCUUCUCUUGCACUGGCACAUUGUUCUAUAUCUUCUCUCCUCACGAUGCAAACGAACUUCUCCGGCAGGUCUAUAUGGAUGACGAUAGUGCUACGAAAGCGUUACUUGGUGCACUAUGUGGCCUAGCAGCCGUAGCCAGCCAGUGUGACGACAACGCCGUAAUCGACAUCGCCUUAAGACAGUCGUACUACGAGACAGCAAAAGCAUACCUGGACGACUGCAUUGAAGAGGAUGAAGUGCUGGGAAUGCGCGUUCUGUGCUGCUUGGCCAUAUAUUGCGCCAUGGACAAGCGCCGUGCAGCGUGGACAUGGAUUUUGACCGGCUUGGAACUGGCGAGGAUUCGUGGCCUGCACCUGGAGACGCCACCUCCGUCCACAUCGCCCGAGAAUUGGAUUGUGCAAAGAAAAGUCUUGCGGACCUUGAUAUUUCUGGCCUGUUGGUUUUCCUCGACUCUCGGUAGAAGCCCAGAGAUUUUGGGGGAAUUUAAACUAGGGUUUGAAUCGUUUACCGUGCAUGAAGACAGUCCGUCCGUCGAAUCUAUUGCGCAGGAACAAAUGACAUCCAUUGGCGUGCUCACAGCUGGCAUCCUUCAAGACGUCUUCUUGCCAAACGAACUCAGUUUCAUCGCGACUCGGACAUACAAACUCAAGCUUCUUGGGUGGUUUAGUGAGCUCCCUGCAGUUAUGCAGCUCGACUCACUGCUCCACAAUCAUAGCCUGACACUGGUACAAAGACGGAGUAUUUUCCUCGUUCAUCUCAACUACCUUGGAGCGUUGCUCCUACUCUAUCGUCGCCAUGCUAUCUACCUUUCCACAAUACAUCGGGAUGAUUCGUGGAAGCUCGAUGGAGACGUCGACGAAGCGUUGAACUAUGCCAAGGAUGCAGUCCAAGCGGCUACUCAGUCUUCGCGUAUCUUUGCUCUCCUCCUCUCCGAACAAGCUCUCUUCAAGCGCUGCUGGUUGGUGACUUACCAGUCUUUCAGCGCAUGCACUCUGUUACUCUUCCACCUCGCCCAGAAGCGACUUCACCUGGCACCACCGUCCGAUUGUGAGGAAGACCUGUCCAGCGCACUCUCUUGCCUCAAGGCACUGGAGUUCUGUGCAGAGGGCGAUGUCGUUGCCAGAGGCUAUUAUGAUAUGCUCAUGUUUUACUAUAGAUCUUUGCUGGCUUCACAUGAAGAUUCAGCAAUGCAGGAUGUGUCUACCGCGACCCCGGAUCAGGUUGCAGAAGGUGUUUCCCAUAUCAUCAACCACGCGGCUUUUGAGCAGGAUUGGCGUGACGAUCUGGUGCCUCCGACACAGGUUUCAAAUUUUAUACGCCGAGAGAUGCCAGGUGCUGCCACCGGUUCUCGAUCUAUGAUUCUUCGCAGAGCUGCGGUCUACGAGAAUCCUCCAGCCAUUGGCGGCCCGUCCGUAGUCGGCCAAUUCAAUGCCUCGAGUUUAGCGGGGUUGCAGGCCUCGGAGAAUCGCACUGAUGGCGGAGGACCUGGUUGUGGAAUUGGACGUGGGAUUGAGUGA